AUGAGUGCGAAUGUCUUCGAACACAGGCAUCAUGAAGUUAUUUUCUGGGGCACUGUUAUUCCUAGCAAGUCGAGGAGUGUGAAGAAGUAUUCCGGCCCACUUGCUAUUUCUUCUCCGAUGUGCCCCUCUGAUACUAUCCAUUCUUUGCCCGCUUUUACAGAAAAUGCUAAUGCUGCGAACGAGUAUGCCAGAUCCUUAGGGGCUCCUGGAGGCUGUUGUCGUGGGGGGUUAGCCUUGCUGGCUCUGGACCGUAAACUUACCAAUGAGACGAGCCUUGAAGAGCUUAGCCAAAAUUCGCCAGGAAUACUUGAGCUCCUGACAACCGGUGCACCAAAGGUUGAUAAAGAAAAAAGACAUCAGGCUCAUAAUCAUCUUCAAAAAGGGUAUAAGUUCAGCAAAGAACAGGCAUUUGCAUUAAUUCCUCGUGAGAGAGUUGGGCGAAGUAAAAACUCAGUAUUCUCCAAAGAAGAAGGUUUGGAAGACGAGAAAGCGGAUGUAUGUCAAGUAUCUGAUAGUAGUUCUGGGGAGACUAUUAAAGAAACAGCUCAGCGUAUUGUGAAAGAUGAUCUUAGUGAAAGAGACGUAAAAGCUAUAUCUAGAACCUUAAUAGCUCCUGAUCCUGUCGUUACCUUAUCCCAUCUUUUUAGGCUUCAAAAAGAAUUGCGAGCACUUAAUACUUCAGAAAAAAUUAUUUCUGCUACGAAGCAUCCAGAGAUUACUAGAGAGUCUAAUAAAAUUCAAAAGGAACGUAGUGAACAACGCGAAAAUGAAGGGAUUGAUUUUCUGGACCACUUUUCAUUAGAAUCGGUUAUAGAAAGACUAAAUGGGUAUGAUGUAUCUAAUAUACCCGAUAAACAGGCUCUAGCAGACGUCAUGAUCAUGCUCUGCAUUCGUCCUGCUGAAAUUCAAAACUUGCACAUUUUUAAUGGGGGUGUGACUGGAUACGUGAAAAAUAGGGGAACACAAGACAAUCCUCAGAUGUUUAAAUCACUGGAAAAGGAUGAGGAGCGGGCAAGACAAUUGUUUACAUGGAUUCAGAAAGCGAUUUCUUCCAGACAGUUAAAAGACCCUGGAAAGCCUGGUUCUGUAUACUUAAGUUCAUUUCUGAAAAAAGAUGAAUUCCUCCCCGAAAGUGGUAAACCGCUCCUCCCUAGCUCUUUAUGCAAAUUAGGUUCAGUUUUUGCUUCCGUGGUGCAUGGACCUAAGAAUUCAUCGAAGGUUAUUACUUUUGCCAGUGAAGCCCUUCGCCAUUCGCCUGACAAUCAUGCUUCUCCAUCUAAGAGAUAUACUAUUGUCAAUAUGCGGAAAAGAGGAGAACCAUAUAAUCAGGCAAGACCAUUCAGCAUCUACGAUAAAAACUAA